UUUUUUUUUAUCUUAUGAAAAUUAUUAAAUCAAGUUCAUUACUUUGGAAAGAUUUAUGCAUUCCACCAACUGAAUUAAGAUUAAAUACUCUAAGAUGCGGACAAUCUUUUCGUUGGAAACAAAUGAAUGAUCAUUGGACUCCUACAACUAUAUUAUUUGGUAAUCAUGACAGUCAUAAUAAGGAACAAGAACAGUCAACAAUAACUGAACUACGAGACUAUUUUCAACUUGAUAAAGUAUCAUUAAAAGAAUCCAUUCAAUUUAAAGGUAUUCGUAUACUUCGACAAGAUCCUUGGGAGAAUUUGAUUUCAUUUAUAUGUUCAAGUAAUAACAACAUUACUAGAAUAUCACAAAUGAUUCAUAAAUUAUGCGUUCAAUUUGGUAAAAAAGUAGCUGUAUUUGAGGAUGAAGCAUUUUAUGAUUUUCCUAGUUUACAGGAACUUUUAGUACCUAAUUUAGAAAGCAUUUUAAGAGAUUUAGGAUUUGGAUAUAGAGCUAGAUAUAUUGCACAUACAGCAAACAAAAUUAAAUUAGAUCAUCCUGAAUUGGGUGAAACAUGGUUAGGCACAUUAAGAAAUAGACCUUAUUUAGAAGCCAAAAAGACUUUAAUGGAAUUUCAGGGAGUUGGACCUAAAGUAGCCGAUUGUGUGUGUUUAAUGUCACUAGAUCACACAGAAUCCAUUCCAGUAGAUACACAUGUCUGGCAAAUUGCUUUAAAAGAGUAUGGAUUUAAUAAAAAAUCAUCAACCAAGACAUUAAAUAGUCAGCUUUAUAAUGAAGUUGGAGAUCAUUUUCGUUUAUUAUUUGGUAAAUACAGUGGUUGGGCUCAUUCUGUAUUAUUUACAGCUGACUUGAAAACAUUCGAAACAACAACAACAAAAAGGAAAUCAACAAUAUCGGUCACAGAAAAGGAGAAAGAAAAAGUCGUGAUUAUAAAAAAAAGAAGAGUAAAGAGUAAAGAUGCAGUAGUGUAAAUGAUGGUCAUAAUUCAACAUCUUGUUGUUAAUCUAUUAGAAGCACUACCAUUACUAAGUUUUCUUGAUAAUUUGUUGAAGAAUUCUUUAACUUGUUCUGAACUACGUGAUCUUUUAUGUUUUGGUCUUUCAAGUUUUUUAUCUUCAUAACAGUAAACAGUAGGUGGAACAUUUGAAAAGGAUACAGAAGCUAGUGUCUUUCGAUUCUUACGACAUAAAAGAGUGGUUUCCUUUUCAAUAGGUGAAUUAUUCUUAUACCAUAUAUCAAGUUGAGGGAUACAAUCAUAGAGUGAUUUAGUUGCUUCUUCUUUAACAAAAUUUGCAGUCAUUGUUGCAAUAUAAUAAAAUAAAAGUAAAAUAAAAUAAAA